AUGAACAACGUCUACACCUACGAUGAAAAGGCGGCCUACGACGAACGGUACCGCUUUCGCCACACCAAAACCACCUCCUACUCAUCCAAUUCCUCCACCUCCUCCUCAAACUCCUGCAACGACGAGAAAUGCGACGAUUGCAAUACCAAUAAUAGCCGUCCACAUUCCUACCCCGCGGUGCCACGUCUACAUGGAGAGAGGAGAGUGCGGUUCAUGGUCGAGAAGCCGUUGCCCCCUGGGUGGGUGACUAAUUGGAAUUGGGAAGUUGCGCAGAAGCGGGGGAAGAGUGGAGCUGGGUUUGGUGGAAGGGAGGCAAAAGAUAAGAAGAGGGCGAGGAGGGAGAGGGAGGAUGCCUGGUGGGCGAAUGGGGGGCAAGGACUUGUGCCUUAUGACAGUGAUGACGAGGAGGAUGGUUAUGAUGAGGCUGCGGAGAAAGAGAAGGAGGAGUCAUGA